AUGAGUCUUAUCGUCGCGAUUGCUUUGCUGUUUGCGGUCCAGGUGCUGGCUGCUACCACCCUGUCGACUUCAACAACUACAACCACCACCGCGACUGCCUCGACGCAAUACGCGGUCCCGACAUACUCCAACCCCGUCGUAUGGGCCUCGCCAAAGUACAACGUGGGCUCGAUGUCUCGCGCGAUCUCUGUGAGCAGCAAGACAGAGUACGGACAGAUGGUCGACCCGGAUAACACGUACACGAUCUACCGCGACGGAGGCGGCUCGUGUACGCUGUACAACCGCACGUUCUUCAUCUUUGACGAUACGACUGGGUAUAAAACCAGCGGGGCGCUGGGCGGUUUUGCGACGAACAGUAUCGCGAUGGCGAGAGAUUUCAGCGACCCGACCUCGCUCAAGGAUUUCUCAAUGUCAGACUCGGUGGGCUAUUUCCUUCCGAUUCCGAUGACGACCGCCGAGGCGACGGCGUCAAAAGUCACGUCGAAGCGGUACGCGUUCUGGACGUACACAAACUGCGUGCAGCUUUCGGAGACGUCUGCAGCGCAUUUCUUCUUGGUGAACAAGUACUCGUCGUCGACGUCGGACACGUUCCUAGGCAACACGGUCGCGCAGCUUUCGAUCAAUCCGACGACAAACGUCAUGAGCGCGGUGCGCUACACCGAGUUUGCGUUCGACAACACGACCUAUCCCUACGGCUCGUUUGCGAGCAUGGUCGUCAACGGCGUCGCAUAUCUCUACGGCCUUGACGCGACGUACUCUUCGAGCUACGACGUCCACGUUGCAAGCGUGCCCGUCGGGAGAUUUUGGGAUUCGUCAAAAUACCAGUACUGGGACGCGUCGACGUCGACGUGGUCGUACACGCAGCCGAUACCUACCGCUCGUCGACAGUCCAGUGCGGCGAUCCAGGGCACGAUGCCGUUUUCUUCCGGCACGGUGUUUUACUCUGAAUACCACAACCAAUAUCUCUUGAUUUUCUUCAACAGAUGGAUUGAUAGUACUUUCCGCGUGAUCACGGCGCCGACGCCGCUCGGACCUUGGAAUAUCACGAAUUCGGUGCUGUGGAAGACGACGUCGGGCGCGAGCUACAAUUACGGCGGCGUCGCGCACCCGGUGUAUGGAUCGAGUGACGGGUCGACGAUCGGGCAGUCGCUGAAGGUGCAUUUUUCGUAUCAGGAUGAUGAUGGUACGACUUAUCCGAAAAUUGGACAGAUCACGUUCAAGUGA